AUGCCUCGAUACAAUCCGCAGUGGGAGGAUCGAAUCAAGGGCUAUCGAAAGAACCGGCUCCUCCUCGUUGCCAGAAAUCUUCCCUUCAACGCUCCCCCGACCGCGGUUGAGGCCGCCAUCAGAGCCAGACUCACAAAGCCUGACUCUUUCAUUUUCUUGUGGCCACCAGGAGCGAGCAGCCCGGAACGACAUCAAGGUUGGGUAAUGAUGGGCUUCAACAUGCGACCCGAUGCCCGAAUGGCUGAGGAGGAGCUCAAGGACUUCGAGAUUCUCGGCCGUCCCGUCCGUGUCGAGCGAGCAAGCAGACAGGCAGUGACUGAAGUUAGAAGAGCUGUUGCUGCUGCUGCUUUAGUUUCUGCUGAAGCCAAUGCUGGUGUUACCCCUGCCCCUCCUCCUCCUCCUCCUCCUAAUACUACUACUGCUGCUACUACUACUACUACUACUCCUGCCACAGUUGCCACCAGCCUUCCCCUCCGGCCCGGUCCAAUUCAUGACACUGCGGCCCGCAAUUCUCCCGAUUCUCUCAAGGAGACUCCCAUGCUAUCGCAAGAUGUUGGGGAGUGGGAGAAUGACUGCCAUAUGGACGACGAUGAGAUCUCCGAUACUGCUGAAGUCACCAAGUUCGAAGACGACGACGAGUAA